AGCAGGCAUGCGCACUCUGGGUCUGUUCUUCCCCCCAAGUUGAUAGGUAUGGUGGAUGACGCGCGCCUGUCGGUUGUUCGGUUAUAACUUUUGAGAGUAAUUACCGUUUGAGAGGAUUGACUUCAGUGACUUGGGAGCUGCAGGUCUGUGAUUCUAAAGGUGCCACUUUUACUGGAAUGCUGGACACUGAGUCCACAGCCAUGGAGAGUAAUGGGAACGAAUCUCUUCCUGACCUUCCUGCUCAGGCAGCGGACUGGUCCUUGGAGCAAGUUCCUCCACAGCCGGACGCCAGCGUAGCGCCGGAGGGCUCCAAUUCUUCUCAGGACGAUCUGACACAAGAGCAGCAGCCGAGCCAACAAACGAACUCCUCCGAGUUGGGAUCCGUGGAGAAGGCUGUGGAGCAGUUUCAGCUCGCCAGCGCGUCUCUUUUCCAAGAAGAGCAUCCUCCUCCACCGCCACCGCCCCCUCCGCCGCCACCUACAGAGGAUCCAGACCAACCGCUGCAAUUUGCUACUGAGCCUCAGCCAGAGGCUUUUGUGCCAGAUGGAAGUCAAGAUGGUACCGAAGCCACACAGAUGGAGGAUGGCAUGGAGCUGGAAGAACCAGCCCGAGACGGUUCACAGGAAAUUUCUCUUCCAACAGAACCAACCCCACCCUCAGAGUUUGAAAAGCUUUUUAAGAUCUGUGAAGACAGCCCAGAGGACUUCAACGCCUGGGUUUCACUGCUGCAGUAUGUCGAGCAAGAAAAUCUUCUUCUCCCUGCAAGGAAAUCGUUUGAUGUCUUUUUCCUGCGUUAUCCCUACUGCUAUGGCUACUGGAAGAAAUAUGCAGACAUGGAGAAAAAACACGGCAACCUACAGGUUUCAGAAGAGGUGUACAGAAGAGGCUUGCAGGCUAUUCCUCUUAGUGUGGACCUUUGGCUUCACUACCUCACCUUUAUCAAAGAGAACUCGGACCCCAACGAUCCAGAGACGGAGGGACGAAUCCGAGCUUCAUACGAACAUGCAGUGCUCGCAGCAGGCACAGAUUUCCGAUCUGACCGCCUUUGGGAAUCCUACAUAAGCUGGGAGACGGAGCAGCAGAAGCUGGCUAACGUCACCACCAUCUACGAUCGCGUCUUAGGCAUACCGACGCAGUUGUACUCCCAGCACUUUCAGAGGUUCAAAGAUCACGUGCAGGGCAACCACCCCAAAUACUUUUUGUCAGAAGAGGAGUUUGUUCAGCUCAGACUCGAGCUGUCUAAGUCCAGCCUGUCUGGAAUGGUCGGCGAAGACGGAGAGUCGAACGUUCCUCAGGAGGAGCUGCCACCGGGAACCGAGGAUCUCGCCGAUCCCGCCAAGAGGGUGACAGAAAUUGAAAACAUGCGCCACAAAGUGAUCGAGGUUCGGCAGGAAGUGUUCAACCACAACGAGCAUGAAGUCAGCAAGCGCUGGUCCUUUGAAGAAGGGAUUAAGCGACCCUACUUCCACGUCAAAGCGUUGGAGAGAACGCAGCUAAACAACUGGAAGGAGUACCUGGACUUCGAAAUCGAGAACGGGACCCCGGAGCGCGUGGUGGUCCUCUUUGAGCGAUGCCUCAUCGCGUGCGCCCUCUACGAGGAGUUCUGGAUCAAGUAUGCUAAGUAUCUAGAAGGCUUCAGCACUGACGGUGCGAGACAUGUGUACAAGAAGGCGUGCUCCAUACACCUGCCCAAGAAACCUGCCAUCCACCUUCUGUGGGCAGCAUUUGAGGAGCAGCAAGGCAACGUGGAAGAGGCUCGCGGGAUCCUGAAGGCCUUGGAGGAAACGAUCCCGAAUUUGGCCAUGGUCCGUCUCCGCAGGGUCAGCCUGGAGCGUCGCCGUGGCAACUUGGACGAAGCAGAGGCCCUGUUGAAGGAGGGAAUGGAGACCGCAAAUAACGAAAUGGAGUCGUCGUUCUACGCCGUGAAGCUGGCGAGACACCUGGUGAAGGUGCAGAGAAGUCUGAGCAAAGCGAAGAAGGUCCUUCUUGAUGCCAUUGAGAAAGACCAGACCAGUUCGAGACUAUACCUAAACCUGCUGGAGCUGGAAUUCAGUGGCGAUGUGAUGCAGAACCAGGCGGAGAUCUUGGCUUGCUUUGACCGGGCCCUAAGGAGCCCGUUGUCCCUGGACUCUCGCAUCAUUUUCUCCCAGCGCAAAGUUGAAUUCUUAGAAGACUUUGGCAGUGACAUCAACGCGCUUGUGGCUGCGUAUGAGGAACAACAGAAACUACAGAAGGAAAGCGACUCUUUAAAGAGAACGGCUGAGAACGGAUAUGACAGCUCUCAAGAACCUGACGCCAAAAGGCAGAGACUAGACGAUCCUUCCGCAGUUGCAGCAAACGCGAUGACGGACAUGCAGGCAAACAGCUCUGCAUACAACUACAACUGGUACCAGCAACAGUAUGGCGGCUGGGGACAAAAUUCCUGGGGACAGUACAACCAGUAUGCCCAGUACAACCAAUACUACCCUCCUCCUCCUACAUGAUGCACUUGAAGAUGGAAUUGCAUUUUUUUUUUCCUGACUUUAAACCUUGGAGCAAAGCAAAUUACCUGGGUGUUGAGAAGAUUUUAAUUCAGCCACACACUGAGCAGGAUAACCUUUAUUUUCUUCUUCUUCUUCUUCCACUACUGCUGUUUACUCUGUGCUAAUUGAAUUUCAUGUUACAUCCCUGUGUAAGAACAAAUUUGGUUCACAAAUUUGGUAGGAAUGUAAGAAUUUGGUUUUAAAACGGCAAUUGCUAGAGAUGUUGUCAAAGCAAUAUUGUUUUGAUGAAAUAAAUGUUGAAGGCAAAUUGA